AUGUACCAUCCUAAAGUCCCAAAACUAGCACAUAAACUCCUCUCUGCAGCGUCUCAUCUGCACAUCUCCCAACUAAUUUCCAAGGCUCCGUCCGUCGCUUACCUUCGUCCACCGAACCUCCGCACCCUUCUUGUCAAAAGUAGCCUGAAGGCGAAAACCAACAAAGACCCGGCUGGCAUCAUACCUGGCACCACGCCCUGUAAUGCUCCUGAACGCCUGACUUGCAGGCACCUUGGCUCCCCGCAACACUUUAAAUUCAAAAUUCCGGACAACCAGACCUGCAAGUCAGCCAAUGUCAUUUACGCCAUUUCCUGCACGAGCUGCCCCGACAUUUUGUACAUCGGAGAGACAGACCGACGGCCGCACGAACCAUUCCGUGAGCACCGCCGUCUCGUCACCCGGAGAUUGUCGGGAGACCUUCCUUCGGAACGAUCCACACAUGUAGUUGACCACUUCUCGACUUACGGCCAUACGGAACUAAACAUGCGCGUCUGUGUCAUCAGAUCAGGCUUCCCCUCCUUCCACGUGCGAAAGAGAGAGGAAAACCGUCUUAUCUUCAACCUCAAAACAGAAUUCCCCCGUGGCCUUAACACCAAACUUUCUUCCGUGUACUAA